CCGGAAGUGAUGGAGGCAACGGCCCGCCACAUCCGCGGCCGUUCUAGCGCCCGCGGUGCUCUCCGGAUGUGACAUUUGUCCGUGAGGCAGCAGUCCCUUGGCGUCAGGGUUGUCGCGUCGGAGAUAAAGUCGGAGGAGGUGAACGAAUCUCUAGAACGCGCCCGUAAGAUGGCGAGAAGGGCAGGAGCGAGUGGGGUCAAUCGAUAGCGCAGCGCUCGGCGCGAUGCCCUUUGUGCGUGCGCAGUGAAGGUGCGCCCGGAGCGAUCGAUCAGGGAGGAUUCGCGUCUCCAUUUUUCUAGGAGAGAGCGGGAGACCAAGAGAGCAGGACGAUCCGUGUCGUCUACACAAGGAUGGAUUUAUAUAUAUUUGCUUAAUGCCCAUCAGUAGAGCACAGUAAGAGCUCAGGCUCUGGGUUAGGAUCCAGGCUCUGCCAUUUACAAGCUGUUGGAUCCUGAGUGAGUUAACCUUCCUGUGCCUCCGGUUGCCCACCUCUAAAAUGGGAUAAGCUGAAGAUUGAAUGAGCUGGCAGGGAAACUACCUUCGUCUUCUCCAAGAUGUACAGAACCAAAGUGGGCUUGAAGGAUCGCCAGCAGCUCUACAAGCUGAUCAUUAGCCAGCUGCUCUAUGAUGGCUACAUCAGCAUUGCUAAUGGCCUCAUCAAUGAAAUCAAGCCUCAGUCUGUCUGUGCACCCUCAGAGCAGCUCCUGCACCUCAUCAAACUAGGAAUGGAAAACGAUGAUACUGCAGUUCAGUAUGCAAUUGGUCGGUCAGAUACAGUUGCCCCUGGCACAGGAAUUGACCUGGAGUUUGAUGCAGAUGUCCAGACUAUGUCCCCAGAGGCUUCAGAGUAUGAAACGUGCUAUGUCACAUCCCAUAAAGGACCAUGUCGUGUAGCUACCUAUAGUAGAGAUGGGCAGUUAAUUGCUACUGGAUCUGCUGACGCUUCCAUAAAAAUACUUGACACAGAAAGAAUGUUGGCCAAAAGUGCCAUGCCAAUAGAGGUCAUGAUGAAUGAGACUGCACAGCAGAACAUGGAAAACCACCCAGUGAUUCGAACUCUUUAUGACCAUGUGGAUGAAGUCACGUGUCUCGCUUUCCACCCAACAGAACAGAUCCUUGCCUCUGGUUCAAGGGACUAUACUCUUAAACUAUUUGAUUAUUCCAAACCAUCUGCAAAAAGAGCCUUCAAAUACAUUCAGGAGGCUGAAAUGUUACGCUCCAUCUCUUUUCAUCCUUCUGGAGACUUUAUACUUGUUGGAACUCAGCAUCCUACUCUUCGGCUUUAUGAUAUCAACACGUUUCAGUGCUUUGUCUCUUGUAACCCUCAAGAUCAACACACCGAUGCCAUAUGUUCUGUUAAUUACAAUCCUAGCGCCAAUAUGUAUGUCACCGGCAGCAAGGACGGCUGCAUCAAGUUGUGGGACGGCGUUUCCAACCGGUGCAUCACCACUUUUGAGAAAGCACACGACGGUGCUGAAGUCUGUUCUGCCAUUUUUUCCAAAAACUCAAAAUACAUUCUGUCAAGUGGAAAAGACUCUGUAGCUAAACUUUGGGAAAUAUCAACAGGACGAACCCUGGUCAGAUACACAGGUGCUGGCUUGAGCGGACGGCAGGUGCACCGGACGCAGGCCGUUUUCAACCACACGGAGGACUACGUGCUGCUGCCCGACGAGAGGACCAUCAGCCUCUGCUGCUGGGACUCGAGGACGGCCGAGCGCCGGAACCUGCUCUCGCUGGGCCACAACAACAUCGUGCGCUGUAUCGUGCACUCGCCCACCAACCCCGGCUUCAUGACCUGCAGCGACGACUUCAGGGCGCGGUUUUGGUACCGGAGGUCAACCACAGACUAGAGCCGCCGGCGUUAAAUAGGGUUCCUUUCUCGAGGACUCUGCCCCUCCUUCCCUUGUGUCCCGUCAUCAGCUUCAGUAGUAAGUCAUUGUACCGUCUUUGGCAGUUGUGCUGCCACCUCUGCGUCCUUCUGGGAUUUGUAUGAAAGAAUCUUUUUUU